AGGACCCAAAACGUUUAUUAGCCACAACAACACUGGUAGCGUUAGCUCUCACACUCUACACUUACAUGACUUUGAAAUUAACCACAAAGUUCAGCUAUGUCUGGGUCCCCGGCGGUCACAGCACUGUUUGAGAACUCAAAUGAAGAAUUUCUUGACGCCUCAAAGUUGUUACUUACAUACGCGGACAACAUUAUAAGGUAAGGUUGUGAGCUUGUGAACAUAUUAUUCAGAGAGACGUGGAGGUUUGUUGGAAAACACACAGCUGUUUAACUGUUCAACUGAAAAGUUUUUCGUGUUUGCCAAGAAAUCCAACAGUAGAUCGCAUUAGUCAUCGAUCCAACACAAUCAGACUGUACUUAUGCCAAGAUAAAACUUAUUACUUAUUACUUAUUACUUACUACUGUUCGCACACAGGGCUCUAAACAAAACCCCCUUCAAAAUGUUGGUGUUUUUUAUGUUUUUUAUUUUUGUAUUGAUGUUGUUGUUGAAUGCCAAUUUUAAUCCGUGCUUUCGCUAACAGUAUACUGUCUGUAAAACGGAUAUGAUUGGUUCUUUUAAAAAAGUAACCAAACCAUCUUACUUUUUUAUUUUGAUUACUAUGAUUUUAAAAUAACAAGUCAAAAUACAUCACAAAUAAUAGGAAAAACCCUCUGUGGCUUACCAUCAUUGCUUGUUAAACGUGUUGGUCACAGACUGCUGCAGCAUAUUAAUAGAAACAAAAACAUGUUUUGUGAAUCACUUAGGUUUAAUUCCUCACCUGAUCUCUUCUUCCAACAGGUAUCCUAAUGAAGAAAAGUACAGAUCCAUCCGCAUAGGCAACCCUACUUUCUCCACCAAACUGCUGCCCAUCAAAGGCGCCGUGGAGUGCCUCUUUGAGAUGGGGUUUGAAGAGGUAACUAAUAACUAACCUCCAUGUAGAGACUGCAUUGGAUUAAAUUUAGUUCUUGCUCAUUGCCAAGAGUUGGUUUGUCUAUUACCUGUUUCCAGGCUGAGACUCACCUGGUGUUCCCCAAGUCUGCGUCAGUGGAGCAGCUGAAGCUUAUUAGGGAGACCAUAGCAGCGGAAAGGGAUCAGAGGCUACGUGGAGGUCAGUCCGUCCAAUCAUCUGCCCAGGCUGCUGCGGCUCCAUCCUCAGCUUCAGCAUCAGAGGGAUCAGCUGCUGCUUUGAGCCAGCCGGUUACACCGCCUGCAGCACAACCGUCCUCUUUGGUAACUGUGCACUCUCUGUUGUUUUCAAUGGGGCUUAACUUAAGUAUGUAGUAGAUAUGUAAGUGCAGCAGGGACAUUGCAAGGCCUGAAUGUUACCUUUGACUUUUUUCACUGUGAAAUGAGAUCAUUUUUUGUCAGUUGAUCCGUAAAUCUUUUGAUAAUCUGGGACCAAAAUCCCACUAUUUGCAUGCAGAACACCUGGAAAAUCCAGAGAGUUUUUAGGUGUUUUAUAUGUAUAUAAAAAAAGUUUUUGUUAGGAGAAAGAAGCAGUAAAAAAAUCUUUAGGUGGAGCAUGUUUGUGAGAAAAAGUGACAGAUAUUCUAGCACAACACUUCAUGUUCCUCCUUUUGUUGCUAUUUAUCAUACCAAUAGGUUAUUGGUAACCUCAAUUUUCUCUCUGCAGGAGAGCAGUAUGAGCUUCUUUGUGACUCUCCAGUCAAACUUCCAGCACGUGAUGCAGUAUGAAAACCUGGAGCUGCAGCAGAAAGCUCGAAACCACAUCCCUCACCAGCAAAUAUCCUCUACUGCAGAACACAGACUUAAAGAGGCAAAACAGGCCGAUUCAGGUAAACUCUUUUCCUUCAUUUAGACCUGUUUGUUAAGUGAUGGGGGCUUUUAUUGUAAGGUGGAGGGAAUAACUUUCUUCUUUUUUCUCUGGUUUGCAGGAUGUAAACUGGGAAUAGAAGACUUCUUGGUGCUAGAGUUGCUCAGCUGGUUCAAAAAGGACUUUUCCUGGGUGGACUCUCUUCCCUGCAGCCACUGCGGAGGCUCGACUCAGAACUCUGGUUCACUCAGUGCAACACCAGAUGACCUUCGAUGGGGGGCCCAGCGGGUAGAAAACCACUACUGUCAGAGCUGCAAGCUUUCCACUAGGUUCCCAAGGUGGGUGUGUGUCUAUGUGACCCUAAGGUUUUGUGUUACUGUAGAGAGCCAUAGUCAAAAUAUAGAUUUAGGCAAAAAUGCAUUUUAUUGUUAAGUCCAUGUAGAUUCUCAUUCAUCCAGGUCAUGGUUAUCUUGAAGACUCAGGUGGCAUGAGUCAUGUGGUCACAUAAUAGGAGUCGCUAACGACCCUUUCAGGAUAACGACUUGGGGGGGACACACCGAGAGAUGGGUUUCUACGACCCAUUCUUUUCAACUCCAGCCAGUCGUUAAUUGUCCCCCUUCUCCAGUAAGAUAAAUAUCUGCUCCUGACACUAGCACUUUUAGAACUGAAGAAGCUUCUUGGAUAAGAGGCGAAACGUUUUCUCAACUCUACACAGUCCAGUUGCCUGUUUUUAAGUCUUCAAGAUUUUAUUGUUAGAUUACUGAAGUUGAACAAAUGGUAAAAUGGUAAAAAGAAAAAGAAUAUUUCCCUCAGUCAGAACACAUAUGCAGAAAAGUCACUCGUCUCUGUCUUUACCUUUUGUCUGUAUCAGGUAUAACAAUCCAGAGAAGCUGCUAGAAACCAGGAGGGGGCGCUGUGGGGAGUGGGCCAAUUGUUUCACCUUGUGCUGCAGAGCCAUGGGGCUUGAGGCCAGAUAUGUGUGGGACAGCACAGGUGUGUACAUCACUGUCAUGUGUAAUUCUGCUGAUUUUCUUCCUGAUGAGCUGAAAAAGAAACUCAAGUCCUGAGAAGCAGUCGGUGCUACUGUUAGAAAAUAGGGUUUUCUUUGGUGUUUCGUAAUCUUCAACUGUCAAUGAAAUGAUAAGUUUUCUGUUAUUUUUCUUGGAUAUCUGUAGUAGAUUUUCAAAAUUGUAUUUAUAUAAAUGUAAAUUAACAAGUAAUUGUUUUUGGUAGUAAUUUAAAAGAGCAGUAUUUAGGUGUUUCCAUCUCCUCCAUAUGUAUUUCCCAUUGCCCUUAGUUUUUUGAGUUCAGCUCUCAUAACUUUGGAUUUUUUGAGUUGUGGUAAAUCUGGAUUACAACAAAACUGCUCUAAAGUUUUCAAAAAGCUGAAUCAGAUUCUGUUUGGUUUCCUCUCGUGUCUUAGACCACGUGUGGACAGAGAUUUACUCUCCCUCUCAGCGCCGCUGGCUGCAUUGCGACCCCUGUGAGAAUGCCUGUGAUAAACCUCUGCUGUACGAGGUCGGCUGGGGGAAGAAAUUGGCCUACAUUCUGGCUUUCUCCAAGGACCAGGUCAGACACUACAAACCCUUGCUAACAACUUAAGUGCUUUGUAUCAACCUUUAGACUAGUCUAAGUUCAGUUUCAUUUAGGUUUAACAGACAGUUAAUAUGUGUUGCUCUGUGUAUUUAUGUGUCUGGUUCAGGUGGUUGAUGUGACCUGGAGAUACUCCUGCAAACAUCCAGAAGUGCUAACAAGGAGGACCAGGGUUCAAGAGGCCUGGCUGCUGCACACCAUCAAUGGGCUGAAUGCAUCUGUAAGUCACUGAAAUCUGGAUGUGGGGCUGCAGUGCUGCAGUGAAUCUGAUGUUAACCAGCUUCAUCUGCUCUGGUCCUGCAGAGGCAGCAGGCGCUGAGUCCAGAAAGGAAGAAGGAGCUGACUGAGAGGCUGCUCGUCGAACUUGUCGAGUUUAUUUCCCCAAAGAAACCAAAAGCAGGAGAGCUCGGGGGUCGUAACUCUGGAUCUUUGGCCUGGAGAUUAGCACGAGGAGAGACCAGAGGGGCUGACACAGAGACCCCUGCACAGGUACAGUGUGCUGUCCUGGUAUGGUGGAGUAUCUUAAGUGGGAAACACUGUCUAACUCACAUCAGUAUCUGACUGGCAGAGGUGUGUGUCUGUUUUUUCUUAGGCUGCAGGUUUUGUGUUCACUCCCACCGAUGAAGAGAAAAGCAACAGGUUACUGCAUGUGCGCUACAGCUCCUCCAAAGACCAGUACUGCCGAGUGUCCAACAACGGAGAGGUCAUUCAGAGCUGGGAUCAGUGUGUGUGGAGGAAGGAGUCUGUGUUCAGAAAGCUGGAGGAAGACUGGCAGAUGGUAUGUUUCUCACCGUUUCAUUAAGGAACCCAUAUUUUUAGUAUGUACCAGAUUAUUAAAAAAAAAAAGCUGUUAUGUAAAGUAUAAUCCAAGGUGAUUCAUCAUUACAGCAGAAAUAAACCCGAACAAGAUGGUGUGCAAACACGACAAAAAAGAGGUAUAAUGCAGCAGUUGCCUAUCACAGUCCUUUAUUCAUAAAAUGAACAGUAGUAGAGAGUUAUUCUGGCACAUUUAAGCUUCUGCAGAGCCCCUGAAGUCUGGCAAAAGCAUCUUUUUCACAUUUCAUGCACAAGUUAUCAUCUCAUAUGCAUAAUAUUUUCACCUAAUGGGAUUUCAGGGACUCUUUUUUUGUUUUGUUUUUACCCUUUAUUUAAAAAAAAAAAAAAAAAGGGUCACAAAGCACUUGAAAGUAAAAGGCUGUGAGUAAAGAGCCACCGAGGUUACAAAUAGACAGUGAUGAAAAAAAGGACAGUCAAAACUGACCCGGAGGCCAUGGUCUUCAGUGGGAGUUGCACUAGUACAACCUUGCUCCCAAAAGGCCUCUGAAGACAGAGACUGGAUCCAACCCAGUCUCUAAAAUGAACACCAGAGCAGCAGCAGAAGGUGUUACAGCCAGAUUUCGUUUCAUCCUCAGGUUUACCUCGCCCGAACAGAGGGCUCCUCUCAAGGAAAAAUCAGCUGGAAGUUUGACUUCACUUCAGCGGGACUGAAGAUAAAGUCUGUCUCAAUCAUGGCAAGCAGCCAGACCUUCCACUCCGGGAGAGUCUGCUGGCACGUGCAUGCAGGCCUGAUCACAUCAGAGUUCUCUGGAGGUGGGGUUAUGUAACAGUUGUUCUUACUGUACUUUCGAGCAUGAUUUCUUCCUGUAACGCACCCUCUCUCUCUCCCUAUGUCUGUGGAAUCCUUCAGACGGGAAGAUGCAGUCACUCCAGAGUCUCUCCGGCUCCUCGGAGUUCACGGUUGUUGCAGGACUCAGUGGAGGAGAAGGGGACGCAUCAUGGCAGCACUCUCAGCUCUUCAGACAAAGCUUAAAGGAGAUGGAGGAGUCUUCAUUUGAAAUUUUUGUCCACCUAGAGGAAGCUUAACAUAUGUUUUACCUAGCAAAUAACUAUUUUUUUUUCUGUUGAUUGCCUUGAUAAGCUUAGAGCCAAGGGUGUGGAUGGUAGUUUUAUUAUACAAGAAAUCAGUGCAAUACUUUAUUUAAACUGGGGUCAAUAAUCUGGAUGUUUAAUGGAUGAUUCUGUUUCUUUGAAGAGUUUAUUAGCUUACUCUGGAUCAUACACUCAUAAUUCACAAACACUAACUGAUCUAGGAGUAGCCAACCAGCAGCUCCUGUUUUCAAACAGUAGUUUUUGUUAACACUAUUUUGUCUGUUUCUAGUUUUGAAACACGUCCUCACACCUUAAGUGGUCUGUGUCUCGAGGGAUCCUUUGUGGAGUGUUGUAAGACACUAAAGUAACAAUAUGAGUCUGUAUGUGAGAAAAAUGAACAAGAUGUACUCCAGAGGAGUUGGGACACUGUGUAAAAUGUUGAAAAAUACAGAUUUAGAUGAGUUGCAAAGCAUUCAAACUUUAUAUUCAAUUGAAAAUACUGCAAAGACAACAUAUUGAAGGUCAGAGGUAUUUUGGUUUGAUGAAAAAAUAAACUCAUAAAUUUGUUGCCAGAAACAUGCUUCAAAAAAGUUAAGACAGGGACAUGUUUACCUUUAUCUUGAACGAUAUUUCCUUUUUUUCAACUCUCCUUUAGUCUUUAGGAACCAAAGGGACCAGUUUCUGAAGUCUGACAGUGAAAUGUUGUCCCGUUCAUGCCUAAUAGAGGAUUUCAGCUGCUCAACAGAUCAGGGUCGUCUUCGUCCUGCUUUUAGUGUCAUGAUGCCCCAAAUGUUUUCAAUGGGAGACAAGUCAGGGCUGAAGGCAGACCAGUUUAUCAGCAGAAAUCUUCUACUACAGAGCCAUGAUGUUGUAAUCCCUGUUGUCAGAAUGUGGUUUGUCAUUGUCUUGCUGAAAUAUGGUCUUCCUGAAAAAGUCUUUGUCUAGAUGGCAGCAGAUGUUACUCCUGAAUCUGUAGAUAUUAUUCAGCAUUAAAGGAGCCUUCACAGAUGUGGAAGAUACCCAUGACAUGGACUUUGAUGAUCCCCAUACCACCAUUUGCACUGGAAGCUGAUAACAAGCAGGGUGGUACCCCUACCCUGAAGACUGGGGCAUUGGACAUCCAUGAUUUCCCCCCCCAAAAUGUCAAAUUUUGACUUAUUGGACCACUACACAGUUUUUCAUUCUCCUCAGUUCAUCUUAAACUGGCCUGAGAUUUUGCGUGCUAGCUACAUGCUGGGUGGUCUCUCUCCUCUUAACAGCCAAGGAUGCAGUGUCCGUUACUCCCAAAAAGAAUGUUUCACAAAGGACAGUGUCCCACUUCUCAGUCCAUCUUUAAAGAGCCCAGAGGGGUCACUGUCCAUUCAUAACCCCAUAGUAUGCCUAUCUGGUUUCCUCUUUGCAUGGUUCAGCUUUAACCUCUUCUAUGGAUGCAGGGAUGAAGUUUGUUCACAGUUGUUUUUUAAGUGGUUUUGAGCCCAUGCAGUGAUUUCCGCUCCAGAGUCCUGUCUAUUUUUAAUGCAGUGCUGCAACACUAAGUCAAAAACCUUGAAAUCCCUCUUUAAAUGUGCAUGGGCUGUUGCUACAUGAAUGAAGUCAUUAUUUUUUUAUGUUCCACAGUGGGCAGAUGUCUGCAACACAUUUUUGUCUUUUGACGUAGGGCAAUGUCAAAAAAGGAGUUGAAGCCAUAGCUUUUGUAUAAUUUGUCUUCACUUUAAAUGUGUUUGUUCAUUUUGAAGCAUCGAGACUUUCCACACAGCAAACCAAGUUUGUUGCCUCAAUCAGCCAAGGAUGCUCCAGUUCUUCUGUAUAUAAUAAAAGUGUAGGGAAAACUGGG